AUGUUCGUGCUCAUCGCCGAGGUGGCCAUCCUGGCAGCCUUGUUCAUCGCCCUUGUUUACUUCGUCUUCCUCCUCCCACCAAAGUACCCAACCAACAUCCCCGCCGUCCCGUUUUGGGUCGCCCUUUUGCCUUUCUUCAAGGAUGUCGACCAAUCGGAUAUUUUCCGCAAGUACAUUGAACAACCGCUCAAGACACACGGCGCCGUGAAGCUCUUCUUCGGGGCACAGUGGAACAUUUUGGUGCACAAACCCUCCUACGUUGCGGAGAUCUUCAAAGACGAGGACCUUUACCAGAAGAGCGGGAACCAGAAGAAGAUUCCCCACAGUGUGCUUGCCGAAUUCCUCGGGGACAACAUUAUCUCUAGCCACGGGGAGGUGUGGAAAAACUACCAAUCCGUUGUCAAGCCGGGAUUGCAGAGGAAUUUCGAGGCGGAGAAGAUCGCCUACAACGCAGACCGCUUAUGUGAGUUUCUCAAGGAGGCCCAGUUCCGAGCAGGGGACGGGGGUGUUCCUGUGCAAGAUCUUUUGCAACGGUACUCGGUAGCGAAUUGCUCUGAGGUGGUGCUCCAAACGAAUCUCGACGCUCUGACGUCGGCGAACGCGCCUAUCAAUGUUCUACAGAGCGCCGUAAAGCGGGAGAUCUUCAAGCCCAUUUUCAUGAAUUUCCCCAUUCUCGACCGGUUCCCGUUCCCCAGCCGCACCAGGGCGCGCCAGGUGGUCGAUAGGUUCAAGAACGAGCUCAAGCGUGCGCUCGUCGAGAGCCAGAAACACAGCCCUCUUCCCGCUUCUGACGGGUUGGGGCAGCGGAUGCUGGAUGCCAGGGAGUCCGGUGUCUGGGGUGAACAACAACUCCUGGACAAUCUCACCGUUGCCUUCGUGGCAGGCCAAGAGAAUCCCCAACUGUGCAUGAUCUCUACGUUGUAUCUCUUGGCAAAACACCCGGAGGCGCAAGCCAGGCUUUACGCCGAGGUCCAGACCAAGGGAUCGGACCAGUCCCGCUUUGACCCGGACGCUCUGCAGGAAUUGCCCUUCUUGACAGCGGUGAUUUACGAAAGCCUGCGCCUCUUCCCGCCGAUCGGACAGCUGGUCAAUCGGAAGGCGAGCCAGGACGCCUUGUUGGGGGGUGACAUUGUCAUACCCAAGGGAACUUAUCUCGGCUAUAACUGCUACUCGACCAACAGGGAUUCGGCCGUUUGGGGGCCGCGCGCUGACGACUUUGAUCCGAGUCGGUGGGGAGACUCACCGGUCACUAUCCAGAAGCAGUACCGACUACGAAGGGCGAAGGCUGAGUUCAUUAGCUUUCACGGCGGGCGCCGUGCAUGCCUAGGCGAGAAAUUUGCCAUGUUGGAGAUGAGGAUCACGAUAGCCACCCUUGUCCGGGAAUGGAGUUGGACAUUGGACCCAACCUGGGUUGAUAGGAAGACCCCCAGGCAGGCAUCAAUUCCCGCAGAUCUAUACUCGAUAAGGGCAAGUUGGAUCAAGUUGGAGGGAUUAACAGCCUCGUCUUCACGUGUACACCAGCCACAUGCAAGCAGGAUGGGUAGGCGCCAGCCAGCUUCCAGCCUCUUUGGUAAGCCGCAAGCCAGUGUACAUACCUUCGCAGCCAUUACCAUGGAGUUCUCCAACGAAGGACAAUCUUUCUACCAUCGCUUCCAAGGCUCUUUCAUCCAGGGAAGGGACGGGAGGCUUGUGCACAGCACUGGUCCUCGCCAGCAAUGGGUUCAUGCCAACUGGGAAGCAAUUCAGUCCGGCUCCCAAUCGUUUCAAAACUCGGACGUCAAGAUUUACCACAACUGUCAGGCGGCCCAGCGCAACAACACGGCCGUCAUGGUCAACAACCGACUUCCCCAAUCCAACGACAUGGCCUUCGAAGAGUUCUUCGUGCAGUUAAUCCUCGAUCAAGCGGACCUUUGCAUACGUUCUGGGGCCUUACGGACCACGGAAAGCGACCUGGUGACAGAGCAGAUCGUGGAUCUUUUCGACAGUUAUCUCAGGUACCAGGGCAAGGGCGACAGAUGGGCGCUGGGUGGGAGGACCUACUUCGCUGAGCGUAUCAGGCACUUUACAGACCAGAACGCCCCCGUUGAGCUUUGCCUGCCGGCCUUUCCCUGCAAGUCGUCCAACGGAGACAAGGUGACCGGGCCGGAUCCGGACCGGGGUGAGGAACUUGCGCUCGAGCGGCUUCACGGAUUUGUCGAGGCCGUCGAACGAGUAUACCAGCCUGGCGCCAAGAUGUGGGUGAUUAGCGACGGCCAUGUCUUCAGUGACUGUAUCGGUGUCAACGACGCCGAUGUGGACGCGUAUGGCGAGAAGCUGAAGGAGAUGAACCAUGCCGUUGGUGCCCGGAGAGGCAACACCGACCGUGUUGGGUUCAAGUCUCUCGUCGACCUGUUCCGGCUCGCGACUGUCGCAUCCGACGAGGGACUCUCUAACCUCACCCGGCGACUCAACAUUCCUACCAUCGACCAUCAUGUAAACACCGAGGUGACUGAGGAAGCCGAGUUGUGCCGGCGAAUCUUGAUGGCGGGGUGCGGCCCGCGAAAGUCAGCUGUCCGCGCCAAGAUCGACUCCAAGGACCCGGCCAUCACGGCACUUUAUCGUGGUUUCUCGCGGUUCAUGCUGGAGGACCUGGAGUACCACCCAGACACCCAAAACAAGAGCAAGUCGCAGCAAAAAAAGCUGUCCUCCAAGGUGGCAUUUGAGAUGAUCAUGAUGCUGUUCCCGAACCACGUCCGGCUGUCCAUCCAUGCACACAAUAACGCCGGCCCCAAGUUCGGCAUCCAGCUCUUUGACCCGUCCCAGGUCCGCGCCGUCGAGGCACUGUCGGCGGACGGUGAGCUCAUGACCUCGCUUGAUCUGCUACACAUCCCCACGCCGUGGCACAACUCCGUAGUGCAACUGGCCGACAGCGAUGUCGUUCUCGUGACCAAGGCCAAGCUCGCGAGGGCGGCCCUGGCGGCGGAGACCAUGACGGGUGGGUUGGUGGAAGCUCGCAGCGGAAGGGCACACUUCGCGCUGGGGAAGAAGCCUACUUCUGUUGCUGGCGCUUCUCCCGCCUCUACCGCGUCCGCCGCACCCACUGUCCUCGGGCAGCCGGCGCAGACCGAGGCCGAGAAGGAGCCUACGGUGACAGUUACUGUGACCGUCAUGGCGGAAGAGGACUUCAAGGCCGAUGUCCCUCCCGCGCCCGGGAAGCUCCAGAAGCGUACGACGUUCUCGGAGAAGGCCGGCGCCGUUGUCGCCGCUGUGGUCCGGCGCAACACGGGCAGUCUGUCUGUUGCAGAGAAACCAUCCGGCCCGGCGAACCACAGCUCCUGGUUUGGAAGGCUGCGCUGGGUCUUGGCCCUCUUUUGGCCUCGGGGGCUAUGA